AUGUUAAGAGAAAAUAGAAUUCUUUUAUUAGAAAAGCCAAAUAUAGAGGAUAUAAAUAACAUCAUUGAAGCAAGCGGGUUAGUAUUAUGCAUAUCACUUAAUGAAAAGGAAUCAGUGUCACUGGUACCUCCCUCCUAUUAUUAUUUGCAUGUUCAUAGGUAUAUGUAUUUAUGUAAUAUUAUUCCAAAAUGCUUAGAAUAUUUUAAGUCCUUUAUUUUGCCUUUUUACGGUAACAAGUUCGGUGUAUACUUUGAGUGUGUUAAGGGAAAAAAGAAUUUUUCGAAUAUACAUCCAUGUGUGGAUAUAGGAAGGGGUAAAGAUUUUUAUCCAGUUAACAGUGAACAUACUGAUACAAACCUUGUCAACGAUGAAGUUGGUAAAGAUAACAUCAUACUCGACUGGAGACUUCCAAUUGGUGUUUUAUUCGACAUAUAUUGUGAUAUAGAAAAUGAGAAUAAUACUUUUACUCAAUCGGGGAGCGCGGAACUAAACUGCAAGUGUUGCUCAAACAAUGAAUUAUUUCCUGACCAUGUUAGCAUUUUAGAAAUUUCAUCAAACGGAGAAAGUCAGGGGGAUAGUUUUAAUAUGGGAAAAAGGGACCAUAAAGACGAAGAGGGGAACAAAGAGGGGAACGAGCUGACGAACGAGCUGACGAACGAGCUGACGAACGAGCCGACGAACGAAGAGACGAACCGAAGAAAAGGCUUGUUGAAUAGGGACGUAGAAAAAGAUUCUUCUAUUUUUAACCGAAAAGCGGAAGGCAGUAUAAGUGCUGUGUAUGACGGUAGCUUAACUUUUGAUGGAGUGCAAAUUUGCAAGUCUUUGAAAAAAGAGCAUGAACAGGUAAUGUUAUAUCAUGUGAAAAAUUGGAAAGAACAGGACAAAACAUGCACAGUACAGGACAAAACAUGCACAGUACAGGAAAAAACAUGCACAGUACAGGAAAAAACAUGCACAGUACAGGACAAAACAUGCACAGUACAGGAAAAAAUAUGCACAGUACAAGACAGGAAAACGAAAAAGAAUGCAUUGAAAGAUGUUAAUAACUUGUUAAAUGAUGAAGAGGAAGACGGAUUAAUAGACGCUGCAGCGGAAGGUCAAGAGAGUCAUUGUGAGUCCUACGGGAAGACCUAUACGUAUCUUCCUCAUUUUCCCCCAAAUAAGGAAAAAAAUUAUUAUGAACAUGAAAUAAAAAAUAGGUCAGGUAAUUCAUCAAAACAUUUGUUACAAUAUGAUGAAAAUUCUAACACAAUUGAAGGGACUAAAAAAGAUGAGCAUAGUGAUGAUGGUGAAAAUUUAAAGGAUAAUAAAAAUUUAAAAUAUUAUAAAUUUAUUAUGAACAAAGCAAUAAAUAAUGAAUGGUAUGAUAAACAGUUUCAAAAUAUAUCGAAUAAAAAUAUACCUUGGAGAUUAAUUGUUCAUUUCAAGGGAGAGGAAGAAUAUUAUUAUUCACACUUUAAGAAGAAAGAUGAGAAAAAGAAGUACAACGGAAAUGUAAACAUUUUAGCCUAUAAUAGUUGUAUACCGCUCUAUAGAGGCUUCAACGAUUUUGAAGAAUGUAUAUUAAACCAAUUGAAGAAAGCUAAUUAUAUUAUGAACAAGAAUGAUAGAGUAUUACAAAUAUUAUCUGAACAAAAUCAGAAAGAGUUUUUAUACCAUUUAAAAAAUUUUAAUGUUGAAAAAAUUUGCUCAUUAUAUAGGGAGCAUAUGGACUAUAACAUGGUUAAGUUUAUUGACAACAUUAAUUAUAUAUAUAUACAAAAUAUUGAGGAUCUUUGUUUAUGUAAUAAUGCACACGACAAGGGCUCGAAAAAUGGAGGCAGUCAUAUUGCACAAGAUAAAAAUGAGAAAGGGGAAAAUUGCCAUUUUAUUCAUGUAGACGUACGGAAAGACUACUUCUUUUCCGAUGAAGGAGAAGAGGAAGGGGAAGCAUUUAAUGGUGCUGCUAAUGAGAAAAAGGAAAAGUUUAAUGCAGCAAUAAGAAAUGACCGCAUGCGGGAAGAAAAAGGGAAAAAGCCCUCCUUUGCACACUUGCACGAUCAAGCAGGCACUAAAAUUGGUAAUUCUGAAAACUAUGUUGAUGAAUGUGGCCUGUCAAAAAGUAAACUCAUUAACAACACACACGUGUCAAGUGAUACUAGUAUGAACACAUAUGUUAGGGAAAAGAAAGACAAACAAAACACGAACUAUUCAUCAUUUAGAUAUGGAGAACGUACAAAUGAUGUAUUUUUAAAAGAUUCAUCUUGCCCCUGCUGUAAUCGCGCCCUCAAUGGACGCAAUAGCAUAUAUGACCUUAUGAAUGACGAAAAGGUAAAUAAGGAUGUUCCUAUUAUUAUACAUAUAUAUGGACCUCCAUAUAACCAGGUGUUAACUAAGUUUCCCCUCUUUAAAAUUAUACAUCCAGAAAAUAAUGAAAGUGUCAGUGAAGGCAUUUUUAUAUACACGUUAGGAGAUUUUUUACAUGAACAAUUUCCUUCAUUUUUUAGAAAAAUAUGUAGAAACUCAAAAGGGCAUUCACAUAACGGUAAGACCAACAUUUCGACGAAUAAUGAGCAUAAGAAGAGAGUGUAUUAUGACAAGGAAAAUAAUAUACAUGAAUAUGAGAACAAAAAGGGAUCUUACUUAAACAGCGAAAAUGUGUUUUAUUUUAUGGAGGACGAUUAUUUAAUUUUUAGUCCUUACAUGUUCAUAAUUGUCAACGGAAUACAAAUUCCUCUGAAGACUCCACUGUACUGGUUGUGCACGAACUUUUUACAGCUCGAUAACUUCCUCCAUGUUAUUCUUCGAAUUCCGCCCUAUUGA